AUGGGUCGUCUUCACAGCAAGGGCAAGGGCAUUGCCUCCUCCGCCAUCCCCUACUCCCGCACUCCCCCCGCGUGGCUCAAGACCACCCCCGACCAGGUCGUGGACCACAUCUGCAAGCUGGCCAAGAAGGGUGCCACCCCCUCCCAGAUCGGUGUUGUCCUCCGUGACUCCCACGGUAUUGCCCAGGUCAAGUUUGUGACUGGUAACAAGAUCCUCCGUAUCUUGAAGUCCAGCGGCCUCGCUCCCGAACUCCCCGAGGACCUCUACUUCCUGAUCAAGAAGGCCGUCGCUGUCCGCAAGCACCUCGAGCGCAACCGCAAGGACAAGGACUCCAAGUUCCGCCUCAUUCUGAUCGAGUCCCGUAUCCACCGUCUGUCCCGUUACUACAAGACCGUCGGUGUCCUGCCCCCCACCUGGCGCUACGAGAGCGCCACCGCUUCCACCCUCGUCGCAUAA